GACUGCUCUGGCGCCUUUGGGACCGGUACGCCGGCUACACACUUGCCCGGCCAACGACGGCAGGCUAACACGUCGACGGCGUAUUAAAACCAUCAACAACUAGCCUCCCUCCUUGCCCAUCUUUCUUCUUCUUCUCUUCAACUGUAUCCCUAGCAAUCAAACAGUAAAUAACAAACAUGUCGCUCAAGGAGGACGGAUUCAAGUCUAGCAACAUCAUCGAGCAAAUCGACGCCGGGCUCAAGGCUCUCCCGGAGAAGGAGCGUGCCGCCCAGAUCAAGAAGACCAACGGCAUCUUCCAGCUCAACAUCCAGAACGCGGACAAGAAGGCCGCGGUCAAGGAGGCCAUCUGGGUCAUCGACCUCAAGAACGCCGGCACCGUCUCCAAGGGCGCGGCCAAGAAGGCUGACGUCACCAUCACCCUCGGCGACGACACCUUCCUCGGCCUCGCCGACGGCAAGGUCAACGCCCAGAAGGCCUUCAUGACGGGCCAGCUCAAGGUCAAGGGCAACGUCAUGCUCGCGACCAAGCUCGACAACGUCCUCAAGGCCGCCAAGCCCAAGCUCUAGGUAUCUUUUGCGCUGUUGUAGCUGGAAUGUACACCUUGGGCA